GUCAGUUACUGUCAUUAAAGUUUGAAAAUAAAAUGGUUUUCGUAUAUUUGUUUGUUUGCAACUUGUUGAUAUGAGAUUUGCAUGUUAUUUAUAAUUAAUGAAGAUUUAAACUAUUUAAUUAAAGUAGAGACUAAACAAUGUCUUGUAGUAAAGAAGAAAUUGAGAGAAAACGUUUAGCAGCAAUACAGAAGAGACAAACGAAAUUAUCGUCACCUAACAGCCCUCUGAGAAAUCUUUCCAUAUCGAAUACAACACAGGGUAGUCCUUCUUUUACUGCUCAAAAUAUUAACGGUCGUAAACUUUACCAUCCAUACAAAAAACCAGAAAUAAAUGAUUCAGAAAAUAUUCCUGUGACUAAGGUUGUUAGUGGAACAAUAUACUUGAUAUCGGAGAGUAGAUUCGAAGUAAAUCUAUCAGAAUUCUGUGUUCCACUUAUUAAUAUUUUCAAAUCUUUACCAUCUAAAUGCUAUGAUGCCAACACAAAAUUGUGGAAUUUCUCAAUAGACGAUUAUGAGCAGCUGAUAUCCAAAGUAGCUCCAUUGGCUCCGCAUGUUGUACUUGGUCCAUUACCUGCUUAUGUUCUAAAGGUUAUAAGAGAGAAUGCAACAGAUCCAAAUACUAUAGAUCUGUCACCAGUGGAAGCAACAUUAAGAAACAAACUAAUGCCAUUUCAAGAAGAUGGUGUCAGGUUUGGUAUAGCACACCGUGGUAGAUGCAUGAUAGCGGAUGACAUGGGCCUCGGCAAAACAUUCCAAGCUUUGGCCAUAGCGAGCUACUAUAGACAUAACUGGCCGUUGCUUAUUGUAACUACUUCAUCUAUGAGGGAUACAUGGCAAAACAAAGUGUACGAACUCCUUCCAUCGGUACCUCUCAUGAACAUUGCAACACUUAGCAGUGGUAAGGAUACACAGCUGGUUGCAGACAAACAGACAGAAGUUGUAAUUGUGAGUUAUAAGAUAACAACAAUGCACACAGAUUUGCUCAAGAGUAAACAUUUUGGAGUUAUUAUUCUUGACGAGUCUCAUCAUUUGAAGUCAAACAAAUCUCAGUGUACAACCGCAUUAGUCCGCGUGUGCCGCGGUGCUGCUCGAGUACUGCUGUUAAGUGGUACUCCCGCACUCAGCCGCCCUGCUGAAUUGUACACACAAUUGUUGCUUAUUGACAAUAAGUUCUUCGGCUCAUAUACUGAAUAUGGUAAGAGAUAUUGUGCGGGCAGACAGACUAACUUCGGCUGGGACAUGUCCGGUCAAUCCAACCUUGCAGAGCUACAGAUUCUGCUGCAGAAGAAGUUCCUCAUCAGAAGAACUAAGGAGCAAGUUCUCACCACCCUCGAAAGUAAGACCAGAGAGACAGUGUUACUGGAUGACUCAUUGCUGCAGUUCAGCAAAGAGGAUCAGCAGGAGUUGUCGCAGAUGGCGGACACGUGGCGCACCAGCCGUCCCGCGGACAAACAGUCUGCUCUCAUCACCUACUUCAACGAGUCCGCCAGGGUCAAGACUCCAGCUAUAUGUAAAUAUAUAAAGCAGGUGAUAAAAGAGGAGGGUGUGGGUAAGUUCCUGGUGUUUGCGCAUCACCGCAGUGUGGUGCGCGCUGUCUGCGCCGUGCUGGAUGACCUCAGCACCAGGUACAUCUGCAUCGACGGGCACACGCCUGCCACCACUAGAGCGGAUCUGGUGGAGAGGUUCCAGCACGUGAGCGCGUGUCGCUGCGCCGUGCUGUCCCUGACCGCGGCGGGCGCCGGCCUUACGCUCACUGCAGCCAACCUCGUGCUCUUUGCUGAACUGCACUGGAAUCCUGGAAUGCUGACGCAGGCGGAGUCCCGCGCGCACCGCAUCGGGUCUAGCGGCGGCGUGCGCGUGCGCUACCUGCUCGCGCGCAACACUGCUGACGACUUCAUCUGGCCGAUGUUGCAGAACAAACUUGAUGUACUGAAUAACGUUGGACUGAGCGGUGAUACAUUUAAAGACACCGCCAUGACGCACCAGGGAAAUAAUAAUAUAACACAAUAUUUAACAUCAAAUCACAUAAAGAAUAAGAACGAUUACAUCCCGGGCACAAAUAUAAGGAAGAAUUCAUUACAAUGUGAUAUACCACGGAAUAAUAUCACUGAAACAGAAUGUCCUAAAAAUGAAGAUUCUUUCUUAGAACACGAUCAAGAUGACGAUUUAUUGGCAAAUAUGGAAUUAUGACCAAUUAUAAAUUAAUUAAGACUAUAUAUGUUGUGGUUAAGUUAUAUACUACCCGCAUACAAUAACAAAAGAGUUUGUUAGUUUCACAUCGUAACUAUGCUAUAACUCAGGUACUGAAUGACGUCAUUAAUCUCAAGUGACAUGUUGUAUGUGUGUAGUAUUUAUGUAAAUAUAUUUCUUAAUUUAUUUCCAAUAUCAACUUU